AUGGGGCUCUUCAGCUCGGCACCCGCUUCCCCUCCACCCCCAAAGAUCUCCUCGGACGGCGCACCAAUAGCACCAGACCGAACACAACGAGCCAAAUGCUGGGAGGCAAGAGAUGCGUACUUUGGAUGUCUAGACCGGAACAGUAUUGUGGACAGCAUUACAGAGAAGGAUAAGGCAGAGAGAUCAUGUUCAGUAGAGGCAAGAGAGUUUGAGUCGAAUUGUGCGAGUAGUUGGGUCACAUACUUCAAGAAGAGGAGAGUAAUGGAAUACCAGAGGAAUAAGACGUUGGAGAGGUUGAAGGCGGAAGGGGCGCAGGAAAUGCCGGGGCAAAUUGGACCGCUUGCACCAGGACAACGACCUUGA